UACUGUGGUGUUCAGUCAGUGGAGGCUGUGGUUGAGAAGGUUGAAGCAUUGUAAGGUUAGAUAUCAGCCUGUCUGGGGCUCACAGUCACUGAAAGUAACAGAGAUGUUGUAUCGACGGUUCUUUGAUGUCAAAGGUCUCUCCAUGAAGUUAAAGUGUCGGCGAGGACUAGAGGAAAAGGAUGGAGAGAAGAGUCGAGACAAAGACGAUAGGAGAGAGGCGAAGGCCAGAGAGAGAUGUACGCUGAACGGACAUCACUUCAGCAUGGUCUCCUCCCAGACACAAUCCUCCUCCUGCCACCAAUGCAGCAAAACCAUCAACACUAAGGAUGCCUUUCUCUGCACCCAUUGCAAUUCACAUGUUCAUAAGAGUUGUAGAGAAAGCCUGCCUGUCUGUGCCAAGGUGAAGAUGAAGUCGCCCAGACAGCAGUUUGCAGUUCCAGAUUCAGCCACCAUUCCUGUUGUCACCCGGAGACCAAAACGAGGGUUAAACCGUGCAUCGAGGGAGCGACCCUGGUCAGCCAUCUUGUCUCCAGAAGACCACUCCUCAUUGGUUGUUCCCUCCCGAAGACAUACCUCCAUCAUACCUUUCCCCGGCUCCAACCUGUCAAAGAGCAUCUCCAUAUCCAACAUCGCUGGGUGAGCAACCCAAACCUAACCCUGAGCCUGUUCUUAAACCCAAACCUAUCCCUAACCCUAUCCCUAUCCCUGACCCUGAGCCUGUUCUUAACCCAAACCU